GCGGAAGCGGCCUUGACUCGCGUCUCCUUGGCAACGCACGCGGCUGUUUCCGGAGGCGGUGGCCGAGGUGGGCGGGGCCAGGCCGGAACUGCAGGAACACCAUUUGGAAACUCCAGCGCCUGCAAGAUCCUUGGGCAGCUGGGGCUGGAAGCAGCGGAACCAAAGGCGCACGUUCCUCGGUUGUGGGCGGGACACAGACCCGAGCUGUCCGUCUUUUCAAGUUUCCCCCCCGGGGCUGGGACCGAGGCGUGCAACCAGUUCAGGUUCCCCGUAGUGGUCACCGGUGGCCCGGGCUAGAGGCCACCUGAGGAAAUCUUCGUUCUUCAGAUUUGUUGACCUACAGAAUGCUUCGCUAUCCAUACUUUCGUAGAACCUAUAAAGAAUGUCUUUCAUGUUGGUUGGAAGCUGGCAUAUUUAAUUUAGGUGUUAAAAGGAUACAUGCUACAUCAGAAAGAUAUGAUGAAUAUGAGUCCCAGGAGCAAACAUAUCAAGAUGGAGCUCAUGAGUUUCACAGAUCUCAAGACAGAGAUUCCGAAGCUCUGAGUAAACUACAUAUUCCAGUAAUGGUGGAUGAAGUUGUUCGUUGUUUGGCACCACAAAAAGGGCAGAUUUUUCUAGAUAUGACAUUUGGUUCAGGAGGACACACAAGAGCCAUUCUGCAGAAAGAGCCAGAUAUUACUCUGUAUGCUUUAGACAGAGACCCGACAGCUUAUGCAAUAGCUGAACAACUUUCAGAAUUAUAUCCUAAACAGAUCCGAGCUAUGCUAGGCCAGUUCAGCCAGGCCGAAGGCUUAUUAAUGAAAGCUGGAGUGCAGCCAGGAACGCUGGAUGGAGUUCUUUUCGAUCUAGGAUGUUCCUCCAUGCAAUUUGAUGCUCCUGAAAGAGGUUUUUCCCUUCGGAAUGAUGGCCCUUUGGACAUGAGAAUGGAUGGUGGCAGGUACCCUGACAUGCCCACCGCAGCUGAUGUUGUGAACGCUUUAGAUCAACAGGCACUUGCAUCCAUCCUGAGAACAUACGGGGAGGAGAGGCAUGCCAAGAAAAUCGCUUCAGCAAUCGUUCAGGCACGCAGCAUCUACCCCAUCACCAGAACCCAGCAGCUUGCCAGCAUCGUCGCAGGUGCAUUUCCUCCCUCUGCUAUUUAUGCACGAAAAGACUUGUUACAACGAUCUACCCAUAUUGCUACCAAGACUUUCCAGGCUUUCCGCAUAUUUGUGAACAAUGAACUCAAUGAACUUUAUGCAGGACUGAAGACAGCUCAGAAGUUUCUGAGACCUGGUGGUCGUCUUGUUGCCCUCUCCUUCCAUUCACUAGAGGAUCGCAUUGUCAAACGAUUCUUGCUUGGGAUAAGCAUGACAGAAAGAUUUAAUCUAAGUGUAAGACAGAAGGUGACACAAACAUCACAAUUGGGCUCAGGGCAUGAAAACAAGGAAGAAGGCCCUCUAGCAAAGGCCCCUUUAAUGUGGGAAUUGAUACACAAGAAGGUACUUACCCCAGAAGAUCAGGAUGUACAGGAUAACCCCAGAGGGCGCUCAGCCAAGCUUAGAGCAGCUAUCAAAUUAUGAGAAAGUCAUAAUCAUUUGAUCCUUGAAGUGUUCCCUCACAGUUUCUCACCUGAACAGGUUAACACAAGAAAUUAUGGGGAUAUACAUUUAUAUAGGUAUAUGGUCAUACGUGUGGACAUUGAGAAUUUUUAGCAUUUUUUUCUCACAGAAAAUGUAGGUAAUAUUAAUAUGGCACAGAAAGUUCAACGCAAGGAGCAGCAGUAUCUCAAAACUGGACAAAUGGGUUUAUCUGGGCGUUAUUCAGGAAAAUGCAUCUUACCAGUUAUGGUUACAUAUUAUAAAUUGGUGAUUCCAAGUUAAUAAAAUAGCAAUAUAAUUACAUGUACAAAAGAUAAGAAUUAAAUACUUAAGUUUGCUUUAGACUGACCUUAUCUACCUCUGUAAUAUGUAACUUUAGUUUCAGAGCUUGUUGAUUGUUUUUAUUCUAUAGGCUUUAUUCAAAACUGAACAAUUCUUCAUUGAAAUCAGAAAUAGAAAAUCUUCUAGGGAAUGAUGUGCUCAAAUUAGAAACUAACAAAUGCACCUAGAAAAAUGUAAGUUUCUUUUCUGCAUGAAGUCAUAUUUACUAAUGAGAGAGAUUCCCAAAGGUAAGUUCCCAUCCAAGUACCUGAUUAACAAAUAAAAGAUCACACUCUUAUAUUCAACACUGUUUCAUCUGUUUCAUCAAUUAUUUUUAGACCUGUAUACUAUGGGAAUUUUUUUCAUUAAUGUUAAUGAAUCUGACAGCCUUGGUUUGGACAAUGUCCUUCCAAAACCCAUGUCCUUCACAGAACCUCAGAAUGUAACCUUAUUUGAAAAUAUGGUCAUUGCAAAUGUAAAUGGUUGGGACGAUAUUUACUGGAGCAGGGCAGGUCCUUUAUCAAAUGUGUCUUAUGUCCUUGUAAGAAGCUGAGAAGAGUCAGAAGCAGAGGGGAAACCACAUGAAGAUGGAAGCAGAAAUUGGAGUGAUACAUCUGCAAACCAAGGGAAGCCAAGG